CAUUCUGUUUCCGGUAACCGAAAAAGCAAUGAGCUACGUUUGACAGCCUCUCUGAUCAACCGUGCUUGUAAUGAGGCCAGUUUUCAAAAAGGCGACCAGUCUGGUCAUUUACGCCACAGUCACCAGAAAGCCAGUGAUCGAAUGGUCGAACCACCAUCAGAAGACGCUCUGGAUGCCACCCCUCGUUCACUACUGAGUCCGAUUCAGUCGAAGAAACCUACUUCACGUCAACACAUUGAUGACGCCCUUGUGCGAGCCAGCCAUGAACAGACUCUUAUACGCAUCCAACGCCAACUAGAGGAAGUGAGCUUUUAUUUUACGUAA